AUGGCCGAUACAAAGAAGGACGUCAAAGCUCCAGUUACCCCAAUUGUCAUUAAGACUAUUACCAUGACCAUCACCUCGACUAAGGUCAAGGCAGUUGAAAAGUUGAGUGCCGAUAUCAAAGCAAACGGAAAGAAGAAGGGCGUCGCAGUCAAAGGCCCAGUCAGAAUCCCAACUAAGACCCUUAGAAUCACAACAAGAAGAACUCCAUGCGGUGAAGGUUCUAAGACUUGGGACCACUAUCAAAUGAGAAUUUACAAGAGAGUCAUGAGCAUGAGAACAUCUCCAGAAUACGUCAAGGAAAUCACCGCUUUGAAAAUCGAACCAGGAGUUGAACUCGAAGUCUCUAUGUCGGAUUAA